AUGGCUGUUAGUGACGUUAAAAAAAUUUAUCAAGAUAUCAUUAAUGAUGUUUGUACAGCAGUACGUGAAGCACUCUCAGAAGAAGGCUAUGACGAUCAUACACUACAAGAACUUAAAACUUUAUGGUUAGCAAAACUAGAAAUUUCAAGAGCAUUAGAACCUUUACCUGUCUCAACUACUGAUCAAGCAACAACCCGAGAAUAUCGACAUCCGAAUUCCGGUGAAACAAACAAUGCUUCAUCAUUGAAUAAUAAACAAUCAUCAGCAGUGAAAUUUAAUCGUUUACAUCCAGCAUCGACUAGUGCCGUAUCUACGUUCAAUACGGCUUAUGCAGCAACAGCCGCUCACAAUCCUGGACUACUAUCGAUGACGAAUUCAACUGCAGCACAACUUGUUCGACCUAGUUUUCCCAGUAGACCACCGAAUCCAACAAACAUUGGCAACAAUACCAUGAAAGCAUCUAAUCAAUUAGAUGGCGCAAACGAUGAAAUUAUUUCUGGUAACAGUGCCAAGAAAAAGAAAAAACCAAAAUACAUUAAAGUUUCAAUACAACUUGACGGAACAGGGCCACCUGUUGGCGACGAUGAAGACGAAGAUGAUGAAAGCGAAUUAGAAGGAAAUGAUGUUGGAGAUGAAUUAGAUGAUGACGAUGAUGAAGAUGGCAAUGAAGAAGGAAAAGAAGAUCCUAAUCCACUUUGUUCAGAUGACGAUGUAAGUGAUGAUGAGCCAACACAAUUGUUUGAUACAGACAAUGUUGUUGUAUGUCAAUACGAUAAAAUUUCACGUAUAAAAAGUAAAUGGCGAUUUAUAUUGAAAAGUGGUGUAAUGAAUAUUGAGGGGCGUGAUUAUGUAUUUAGUAAAGCAACAGGUGAGGCCGAAUGGUAA